CAAAAAAUACAUGACCACGAGGCGGCGAUGCUUUGAAGGACAUAACAAAAGCCGAUUAAAAUAGAACUUAAAUUAUUUGUUGAUAAUAAUUAGUAAUGCAAUGUCACUGCUUGUCCUUUUGUCUAGCCGUAUGCUGAGCGUGUCCAGACAGGUCGUAUGGGGAGCUGCUCCCGGCCUCUCCCCACUGUUAACCCCGACCACAUCUGGACUCACGCGAGUUCUGGCUUUUGGUAAAAAGGACCUGACGGAUCUUCCAGUCCUGAAUGAGGAUGAACUUGAAGAGCAGUUUGUGCGAGGGUCUGGACCUGGAGGUCAGGCGACCAAUAAAACCAACAACUGUGUAGUCCUCAAACACAUCCCCACAGGAAUUGUAGUGAAGUGCCAUGAGACCAGAUCUAUGGAGACAAAUCGGAAGCGAGCUCGGGAAAUAAUGAGACAGAAACUCGAUGUUGAAUACAAAGGAGAGCUCAGCGAACUGGUUAUAAAGAAGAAAGAGUCUUCGUUAAAGAAACAACAAAAAAGAAGAAAAGUGAAUGAAAAUCUGGAGCGAAAAAGACUAUUUAAAGAAAGUCUGGCCAAAGACUCCAAACCUGAAAAUGAUGGUGUUUAAAGUGUUUGGGUAAAAAAUAAAAUAAAAUGUACAUAAAAUAACAUGCUUGUUUUCUCAGCAACCUCAGAAAAAACUUUAUUAGGGAUUGUGUUUUCCAAAAUGUAUGUUUGUAUAGUUKGACACAAUCGCUGACAUUUUUUUGUACUCAUUUGUGCUAAAUUUGUAAAUCUGUUUGUGUGUUUGAAAUUAUUAACUUACAUUUGAACCCAAAGCAUGUUCAUGGGACAGUUUUUAGCAGAGUUUUUAAUCCCAGUAUAACUAAAUGUAAAUGUCAUCAGAUUGCAAGGCUUUAAAUUGAUGUUUGUCUGCUCUUACUUCACUCUUACAUACUUUUUGGUAUCAAAUAAAAUUUAUUCAAAGAACUGAGAAUAAACAGAUAAGUUAUCAGUUA